AGCCUCGAAGACCUCCCUCUCCGGGUGACCAAUGCCCAGACCCUUCUAGGGACCUCCUGGGGCAGCGAGCUAUGCCUUAGCUACUCAAGUGCGGAGGGAAACGUUGGUUACAUGGCGCACGGCCUCUUCUCGUUUCUCAGGAAUUUAGAGAACUUCACAAGCAUGAACACUGGGCUUGAGUGUGACCUGUCAACCCCUGCCGUAGGCCAAGCCACGGAGGACGCCAAGAGGGCGGCCACACUCGCCAGCCUGCGUCCGCUGCCCACCCUGCGGCCGCAGCCCUCGGCUCUGCUCACUGGUGCGGACCGUGCGUCCGGGACCCGGAAGGGGCGCGGCUACAGGACCCGGUGGGGCAGCUACGCGGGGUCCUCGUGCGCGUCCCACGUGGGCCCGAGCGGAGCGGCGGGCCCGGUUCGCCAGGUCCGGACUAGCCUCCCCGCCGGCCAUGGCAGCCGCCGACGGAACGCUUCUCCACUUUUCUGAGCCCCAGGCCGCCGCCCCCAGGACGCUCUCCAAACCCCGCCGGGCCCGGGAGAGGCGGCAAGCAGAGGCCACCAAAAGAAAGUACCAAGCGUCCAGUGAGGCUCCUCCAGCGAAACGGAGGAGCAAGACAUCAUUUCUCCCAGCCAAGAAAACUGCUAAAGAAGCUCAAAGGACUUUUAAGGGGAAGCCUCAGAAAACGUUUUCUCCAAAGAAGUCUUCGGCCAGUACAAGUGACAGAAACCAAGAGCAGAAACCGUGCGUUAAGACUUCGUCAUUGUUUAAAAACAACCCUGAAAUUCCAGAGCUCCACAGACCUCUAGUAAAGCAGGUGCAAGAAAAAGUGUUUACUUCAGAUGCUUUUCAUGAACUGGACCUCCACCCACAUUUAAUUUCCACAAUAAAUACGGUCUUAAAAAUGUCUAGUAUGACCAGCGUUCAGAAGCAAAGCAUUCCUGUGUUGCUGGAAGGCAGAGACGCCCUUGUGAGAUCCCAGACGGGCUCAGGUAAAACUCUUGCCUAUUGUAUCCCUGUGGUCCAGUCCCUUCAAGCAGUGAAAGCAAAAAUACAGCGCAGUGACGGCCCCUAUGCUCUGGUACUAGUGCCAACGAGAGAGCUGGCUCUACAAAGCUUUGACACUGUCCAGAAACUGCUCAAGCCAUUUACCUGGAUUGUGCCUGGAGUGUUAAUGGGAGGAGAGAAGAGAAAAUCAGAAAAAGCCAGACUGCGGAAAGGAAUAAACAUCCUCAUCUCAACUCCUGGACGUCUGGUGGAUCAUAUAAAAUCCACAGGGAACCUUCACUUCAGUCGGGUACGCUGGCUGAUUUUGGACGAAGCGGACAGAAUCUUGGAUUUGGGUUUUGAAAAGGAUAUCACAGUGAUACUCAAUGCUGUAAACGCGGAGUGCCAGAGCCGACAGACCGUCUUGCUGUCGGCAACGCUCACGGAAGGCGUUACACGGCUAGCUGGUAUCAGUUUACACAACCCAGUCAGUAUUUCUGUCCUGGAUGAAAGCCACGAUCAGUCUAACCUGAAGGGCAAAGCAGUUCUUGAAGUCUCCCCUCCACGAACUAGCGACGAGCUGGACAGCUUUGCAAUCCCGGAGAGUCUCGAUCAGCACGUGACGUUGGUGCCCAGCAAACUGAGGCUUGUCUCCCUUGCGGCCUUCAUCCUGCAGAAAUGCAAGUUUGAAAAAGACCAGAAGAUGAUUGUCUUUUUCUCGAGUUGCGAGCUAGUGGAGUUCCACUACAACCUCUUCCUCCAGACCCUGCUGAGCAGCUCAGGGGCCCCGGCACCAGGGCAGCUACCAUCUGCCUCCACGCGAUUAAAAUUCCUGCGGCUGCAUGGCAACAUGGAGCAGGAGGAAAGAACAGCAGUGUUUCAGGAAUUCUCACACUCCAAAACAGGCGUCCUCCUUUGCACGGAUGUUGCAGCUCGGGGCUUAGACCUCCCUCAAGUCAAGUGGAUUGUUCAGUACAACGCUCCGUCUUCACCUGCUGAAUACAUCCACCGGAUUGGGAGAACCGCCCGGAUUGGCUGCCAUGGGAGCAGCCUGCUCAUUUUGGCUCCUUCGGAGGCAGAAUAUGUCAACUCGUUGGCUUCUCACAAAAUCAAUGUUUCUGAGAUUAAGAUGGAAGAUAUUUUGUCUGUUCUGACAAGGGAUGAUUGUUUUAAAGGGAGACGAUGGGGAAGCCAGAAAUCCCGUGCCGUUGGCCCCCAGGAAAUUCGAGAGCGAGCCACGGUCUUGCAGACGGUAUUUGAAGAUUACGUGCACUCCAAUGAGAGGAGGGUCUCCGGGGCAAAGAAAGCUCUGCAGUCCUUCAUCCGAGCCUACGCAACCUACCCCCGGGAGCUGAAGCACAUCUUCCACGUCCGCUCGCUCCACCUGGGGCACGUGGCUAAGAGCUUCGGGCUAAGAGAUGCCCCCAGAAAUCUUAGUGUCUCGGCUGUAAAGAAGAGGAAAGCAAACCUGAAGAGGCCUGACCUUCAUAAGAAGACCCAGAGUAAACAGCGCCUCGCUGAAAUCUUGCGUUCGGAAUACUCAAGUGGGAUGGAGGCCGGCCUUGCCAAGGUCAAAAAGCAGAACAAACACACAGAGCCCGGCAGCCAGCCGUGCAGCGCAGAUGCAACCGGCGCCCAGCCUCGGCCGUGGGAAAAAAGCAAAAAACGCUCUCGGUGAAAGAGGAAAACCCAAACAGGCUUACAGAGGGACAGCAAGACUUCCCAGAAAGUUUUUUUAAACUCUGCCUCUAUGAGGCGGGGCCUCAGAGCGGAUCCUGGAGGCCCAGCACUGGGUUGAUGUGGUGUUCUUGUCAGAGGAGCCUGUGAGAACGGAUGGUGCUGCCUUUCCCUGAAGGCUUAAUUCCCUGCAGUUCUGGAGGCCACAGUCCUCCUCUCGUUCGUGGGGGAGGC